AGACGGUCCAGAGCCCUCGUGCGGCGCUGCACCUCCACACCAAAUAAGGACAGGAGCGGUGAGAUCCUUCCAGCAUAGCCAGGGGAGCCCACACUGCCCUGAAGACUUGUCCCAGGGCCGGAGCUCCCCGCUAGGCUUAGGGGAGAAGGAGGAGAAGGGUGCCGGGCCGCCAACACACACGCACCUCCACAGGUCCCUGGUGCCAGGGAGAGACAGAGAGACGGACAUGCCACUCAACCUGGUUCUGAUCGGACCGGCCCCCUGGGGGUUCAGGCUGACUGGCGGGAAAGACUUCAACCAGCCCCUGACUGUUUCCCGGGUGAGUAUAACCCCGGGCAGCAAGGCAGCCCUCGCCAGCCUGUGUGCUGGGGACCUGAUCUUGGCCAUUGAGGGGGUCCCGGCCUCUGACAUGCUGCACUGUGAGGCCCAGAACAAGAUCAAAGAGGCCUCCACCCAGCUGUGCCUCACCGUGGAAAGGACUGAGCCCAGGCUGUGGUCCCCUCAAGUUAAAGAAGAUGGUCAAGCCAACCGUUUCAAAGUCAACUUGGAAGCAGAACAUCAGGAGUACAAACCUAUCGGGGCGGGACAUAACCGGAAGGCUCAGCCAUUCAUUGCAGCUGCAAACAUCGACGACAACCGUCAGGUGGUCAGCUCGGCGUACAACACCCCCAUAGGCCUCUACUCCUCUGGGAACAUCCAGGACGCAAUGCAGGGUCAGAUCAAAGGCCUGGUCCACGACAAGCCCGACAGCCCUAGGACCCUGGCCUCCAUCGAGGAGUCUGAUGUGUACCGCAUGCUGCAGCAGGACCAUGAGGAGAGCCAGGAGCCCCGGCAGUCGGGCUCCUUCAAAGCCCUGCAGGAGUUCGUAGACAGCGAUGGUACUCGUCCCAUUGUGACCAAGAGCGUGAGAGCCCCCAUGACCAAGCCCAACGCGCCCACGGGCAACCUACAAAAGCUGCCUCUCUGUGAUAAGUGUGGAAACGGCAUUGUGGGCACCGUUGUAAAAGCCAGGGAUAAGUAUCGCCACCCCGGCUGCUUCGUGUGUGCGGACUGUGACGUCAACCUGAAGCAGCAGGGCUACUUCUUUGUGGAGGGCCAGCUGUACUGUGAGGCUCACGCACGCGCACGGACGAGACCCCCAGAGGGUCACGACCUCGUAACGACUUUUACCUCCGCAUAGGCGUCCGCGUUCAUGAACAUGUUGUAUAGGGACGUCUAUAUAACUACACCCACCCACACACAUACAUAAACACACUCACAAACGUCUACCAUUGCGUCAUAUGUAGAGUUAAUCUACAUUGUUACGUUCUGCCACUUAUAAGCUUUUACAUUGAGUGGCUACACUGACAUUUUGUCAAAGAGAUUUGAGCAGAAUUGAAAACCAAUUUGAUCUGUUCCUCACAUGCAAUAAAACCUGAUGGCAUGUUCCUCUUUCCUCCUAACAUAUUGUCAAGACACAUAGUGUCUUCAGAUCAGAAAGGGACUAUGGAGUGGAUGGCUCCACGAUAGACAUCGAUUGACAUCAACGCUUUUUAAAAAUAAUUAUUGUAAAAGCACAUUUUAACAUUGCUACACUUUAUCGACAUUAAGUACUACAAUGUCAUCAAAAUGAACAAACAUAUUACCUUAUUUAAGAAAGAGACGAUUGAGUGAUUAGCUCAACAAUAACUGCAAAUACACUUGUACUGCUGUACUAUUUUGAACUGAAUUAAUAAUAAGAAUAUUGAUAAUAAAGAAUUGAGUUAAACACUGAAGUUA